CAUUGCCACCUCUUUGCACACAUCAGCCCUACACAAGGGUUUCUCUCUCUCUCCACUUUCUUCUUGCUUCUUUUCUUCUUUCACUUUCAGCUAAAAUCUAAAGGGCAAACCCACUCCCGCCAUCUCUACGAGAGAAAUGGCGUCCGGCUCAAUGUCCGCCCGUGGCUCCGGCUCUUGGACUGCUAAGCAGAACAAGGACUUUGAGAAGGCUCUGGCAGUGUAUGACAGAGACACUCCUGACCGUUGGUUUAACAUCACCAAGGCCGUUGGUGGAAAGACCGUGGAGGAAGUGAAGAGGCAUUACGAAAUCCUUGUGGAGGAUGUCAAAAAUAUUGAAGAGGACCAAGUGCCCUUCCCCAAAUACAGGUCCACUGGAGGAAGCAGCCAGGGUAACAUUAACAUGAGUUAUGAGGAAACGAGGAUGAAAAAUCUAAAGCUCCGGUGAAGUACGGCCUCAAGGUAGCAGGAAUGAAGAUGCAUUAAUUGGUCUUCUCCCCCUGAAUCGCAAUAAGCGGCUCUUCGGAUUGUUGUUGUUCUUAUUAGUUUUUGAACUGUGUAUUAGUGUUUCAAGGAAGGUAAAUUAAAGCUAUGCUUUUUACUUCCUUUAUGUUUGUGUAAUGAAUUGUACGAUUUGAAAUUAUAUAUUAUAAUUAUAUGUGUUUUGUUUACUA